CAGCCAGACAGCUGUAUAGGUCACGUGGAAACACCGGCUUUAUUUAUCGUGGAUAUCUCAUAACUAGUCUCGAGUCCAACUAAUGCUGUUCGAUUUACGUAUUUAGAAGUUAACAUAUUGUUAAAAUCAGAGGAAGCUACAGAAAAUGAAAAGUUUUCUAUGCCUGCUUCUGGCGGGUCUUGCAUUCGCCGACCCAACAGUAUACUUUAAAGAGGAAUUCGAUGAUAAAUGGGAAGACAGAUGGGUGGUGUCCAAACACAAGUCUGACCUAGGGAAGUUUGUCCUUUCUGCUGGUAAAUUUUAUGGUGAUGCUGAAAAAGAUAAAGGUUUGAAGACAUCUGAAGAUGCUCGCUUUUAUGGACUGUCAGCAAAGUUUGACAAGUUUAGCAACGAAGGCAAAAAUCUUGUGAUUCAGUUUACAGUGAAGCAUGAACAGAAUAUUGAUUGUGGUGGUGGCUAUGUUAAGCUUUUCUCCAGUGAUCUUGACCAAAAGGAUAUGCAUGGUGAAUCACCAUACAACAUUAUGUUUGGUCCUGAUAUUUGUGGACCUGGAACCAAGAAGGUUCAUGUUAUUUUCAGCUACAAAGGAAAGAAUUUGCUUGUGAAAAAAGAUAUUCGAUGCAAGGAUGAUGUAUUCACUCACUUGUACACUCUGAUUGUUAAACCUGACAACACCUAUGAAGUUAAAAUUGAUAAUGAAAAGGUGGAAAGUGGUGAGCUAGAAGCUGAUUGGGAUUUCUUGCCAGCAAAGAAGAUUCCUGACCCAGAUGCCAAGAAACCCGAUGACUGGGAUGAGCGUGAGAAAAUUGAUGACCCCAGUGACUCCAAACCUGAAGAUUGGGAUAAGCCUGAACAUAUUCCUGACCCAGCUGCCAAAAAGCCUGAUGAUUGGGAUGAUGAGAUGGAUGGUGAAUGGGAACCACCUCAGAUUGACAACCCAGAGUACAAAGGUGAGUGGAAACCAAAGCAAAUUGAUAACCCAGAUUACAAAGGAAAAUGGGUACACCCUGAAAUUGACAACCCAGAAUACAAGCCUGAUGAUAAACUGUACCGUUAUGAUGACUUUGGUGCUUUGGGUCUGGAUUUGUGGCAGGUGAAGUCUGGAACUAUUUUUGACAACUUCCUUAUCACAGACGACAUUGAUUAUGCUGAGCAGUUUGGAAAGGAAACAUGGGGAAAAACAAAAGAUGCUGAGAAGAAAAUGAAGGAUGAUCAAGAUGAGGAAGAAAGAAAGCAGAGAGAAGAAGAAGAAAAGAAGAGAAAGGAGGAAGAAGAUUCCACAAAGAAAGACGAUGAAGAUGAGGAUGAUCAAGAUGAGCCAGAAGAUGAAGACACUGAUAAUAAAGAGGAUAAAGAACCUAAAGAUGAAUUAUAGGCAGCAUUUAGUUUAGUUUUUCUUCCCUUUUUUUUUUGGUCAUAUUUCACUAGGAUCAUUUCAAAAAAUUUGAUAGCUUCAUUUUAAUCAUUUUUUGAUAAUGUGCAUUGUUUUACUCAAUUUGGGCUAAAUCUUGUGUACGGUAUCUGUUUAUUCAUUGUUAGUAUUUAAUAAUAGCUGUAAAGAAGAUGGAAUAAUUUUAAGAAAUGUAGGAUGUUUACUUCAGCUAUUGUGCAUUAAGUUAUUUAAUGCCUAUUGACUGCCAAAUAGUCAUGAUCUUGAUGUGCUGUGUUGGUCCAAAUUCUGCUGUAUUGUAUUCCAUUUGUUGCAUUUUUAAUAGGUGCAUAUUUGAUUGGUAAUGUAUAUGUGAAUGGUGUGUGUGCAUGAUUUUUUAAUAAAAGAUUUGCAUUGAAUAUCAUCUAUUUUAAUACACAUAAUAUACACCUUUUUAGGGGUGUUUUUUCUUUAUGCAGUUGUUACCUGUUGGUUGAAUAUGAUUGACUAGUUGAAUGUGUGCAUCUGACAUUUUGACCAAUGUGAUUACCAGAUAGAUUUUAUUUGGUAUUAAACAUUUAUUUCUUGAA